UCAGCUUCCAGACGCACGCAGCCAGCGGACUCGCCCCCACUGAAGUAAACGUGCCACCACGUGAACGGCACGAGCAGGACGCACCGCCUGGACACUUGUCUAUAAGUUUGUCUGCGGGCUAUUGUUUCUUUCAUAUUACUGGGAAUAGACCUCGAAAUGGAAAUGAGCGUGAGCCAACAGCAGCUGCUGCCGCCCGCCUGCUUCUUCUCCUCCGCCGCGGCGGCGCAGAGUCUCCAGCUGAGCCCCGGCAGCAGCAGCAGCAGCAGCGGCUGCAGCAGCAACAGCCAGUGCGCAGGGAAGUCUGCGUCCAAGCAGCCAAAGAGGCAGCGCUCCUCCUCCCCGGAGCUGCUCAGGUGCAAGAGGAGGCUGAACUUCGCGGGAUUCGGCUACACGCUGCCCCAGCAGCAGCCCCACGCCGUGGCGCGCAGGAACGAGCGGGAGCGCAACCGGGUGAAGCUGGUGAACAACGGCUUCGCCACCCUGCGGGAACACGUCCCCAACGGGGCGGCCAACAAGAAGAUGAGCAAGGUGGAGACGCUGCGCUCCGCCGUGGAGUACAUCCGCGCGCUGCAGCAGCUGCUGGACGAGCACGACGCGGUCAGCGCAGCGUUCCAGUCCGGCGUCCUGUCGCCGUCCAUGUCGCAGGGAUACUCCGCGGACAUGAAUUCCAUGGCGGGCUCGCCCGUGUCCUCCUACUCCUCCGACGAGGGCUCGUACGACCCGCUCAGUCCGGAGGAGCAGGAGCUGCUGGACUUCACCAACUGGUUCUGAGCAUCUGUGUGAGACAGAAGGAUCAACUCAGUACCUGUAUCCUGCGCUUGGGAUGGUCCAGGAGGAUGCUCGGGUGGACAGAAUAACACCUACAGUCCUACAGAAUCCCGAGCCCUCCCAGACUGACAGAAAAGGCCUUAAGGUCCUGAAAACUUGAAGGAAAUCAGGACAGAGAUCUGCGCCAAAGGACUGAAGCAAGACUGUUUUUUCCGACAGCGUGGGAAUCUCUGCUUCUUUGCAUCUGUUCAAGAUAAACAACAAUCCCUAAAGUGAAUUCCUGCUCUCUGGCAGCACAUUAAAAAAAUACUUUAUUUAAGACUUAAUCUAUGCUACUCCAAUCACUCAACACCAUCCCUUUGGCAGACCUCUCAGAAUUCAGAAAAUGCUUCCAAGUCGUCGAUUUAUUCUAUUAAAUUCUAUAUCAAAACGCUUUUUUAAAUAUAUUAAGAUAUUUUUGUAUGUAAGAGAUUUAUAGAUGUUUUGUACACAUUCUUUUGUAUAUAUUUUGUCUCUAUAUUGCGGAGUUGCUUUUAUUACCUCUUGCCUAUGUAGACGUGUAGUCUAUUAUUCUCUGGCUCUUCUGUUCAUGAGGUUUCCAGGAGUUUGAUACUCUGGCGUUUGACUCUAGCACCGAUGUGUCUUAUUUAAUAGCAAAUGUUAUUGCAUUUUUUUCAUGUCACAAUGAUCAAAAACGUAUGCAGCUAUUGUCCAAACAGAGUGCAAUAGCCUUGCAUUGUAUCUUUAUACAGCCAGCUAUAUUGAGAAAUAAGAAGUCUUAUAACCAUAUUUUUUACUCUGUAGUCCAUGAAUAAAAUGAGAUGCUACUGAA